AUGGCACCAAGAUUCCAAUCAGUCAUCACGGUACCCGUCCCCGCCUCGCUUUCCAGGGACAGCAUCAUCGCCGCUCUGCAAAGCUUCACCAUUCUUAUAGAGAGCCAACCCUUUGUAUUGAAGCACGAGCGAGUCCCCGUCGACCUCUCCGACGUUUCCACCGAUCCGUUUUUCGAAGGAAAUGGGAAUCACAUUGAGCGGUACCAGGUUGUCGAGCGUAUCGAUAUUUUGCGGUUGCCCAAGGUACCCGUCUAUAAAGACGUCCACAUAGACGUCACGUUCCAGUCCAUCGAAGGUGGUGUACGUUCACGAGCAGAUGCCGGGGGUGUUCGGAUCUACGCGACGUAUUUCGUUCGCCAGAUGGCCCAGCCAGCCCAGUGGGACAUCACAGGAUCUGGCUGGAGUGAGUGGGAGCUGGUCGAGCAGUCGACGGUCAUAUGCGGACUAUUUACAAAACCAUUUGUCACUCAUAAAUACAACAAAGCCCACCAGGCCAUUCUGGUGAGCGUCAUUGAAGCAACGUUCAAGAAGAGGCGGGAGUCAUCGCAGGGGCGAUUGUAUUUGCAACAGACCUUGGAACAAGGUUUGCCAUUGCAAGGCUAA